UGUUCUUUGGAAAAAUGAGCCCAAACUGGGCAUGAUAAACAGGGUUUCGUCUAGUUUGAAACCUGGUUCCUGUUUAUGAAGCCUUUUCAGAGGACAUUGAGCGAGCCUUGUACAGGGGAAUUCUUCGCACACAGCAUCUUCUUCUACAGCAGCGGUUUUUAAUUGAAAUAAACAUGACGGAGAACAAGAAAACAUCAAGUGAUGUAAUUGUUAACAUCUGUGGAGAGGAUAGAGAUUCGAAAUUACCCCGCACAGAUUCUCCAAAGGAUCAAAAGUUAAAAAACUCAGUUGAUCCACCUCGUACAACAUCAAAUGAUUUGCCUUCUACUACUCAAAAUCAUGUCCUAAUGAGUUGCCCUUCGCCAGAAAUUGUAGGGUUCAGCCAAAGCCCCAGUAUGCCUCCUAAAAUUCCGAUGAACGAGACUCUCACUCGGAGAAAAUCUCUUUCAAGGUCUGUUUACUCAAAGCCCAAAUCAAGAUUUGGCGAACCGUCGGUCCCUAUUGAUACUAACAUGCUUGAGGAAAAUGGAUAUGGGAUGCAAUCUAGUCAAGCUUCACCUAAUAGGAAAGUUGAAAACAGUGCUACGACAACUAAUACACCGAAAGAGGUCUUAAGAACCGUGUCUAUAACUCCACGGACGCCGUUGGGGUCAUCUUAUGGGGGUGUUGGAGUGGUUGAUGAUGAAGAAAUAUAUAAGAAGGUGAGUAAAAGGAGAAAGUUGAAGUAUAGGAAAGUGAGAAAGAAGGUUUUGAUAGAAUGGAUACUGUUUCUGUGCAUUCUUGGGUUCUUGAUUGCUAGCUUGACUGUGGACAAGGUGCGUUCUUGGAGGUUUGGGGAUUUGAGAAUUUGGAAAUGGUGUGUCCUUGUUCUGGUGACAUUUAGUGGCAAGUUAGUUUCUAAAUGGUUGGUUCAUUUUAUUGUAUUGUUGAUAGAGCUCAACUUUUUGUUGAAGAAUAAGGUGUUGUAUUUUGUCUAUGGUUUAAAAAAGAGCGUCCAGGUCUGCAUUUGGUUGAGCUUGAUUCUCGCUACUUGGGUUUUACUAUUCCACGAAGGGUUCGAGGGAUCACAUGUUGUCACCCGUAUUAUGCAAUUCAUUAGUUGGACUAUUGCUUCAUUGCUUAUUGGUGCAGUCUUGUGGCUCUUGAAGACGCUGUUUCUGAAGAUUUUGGCAUCAUCAUUCCAUGUGAACACAUUCUUUAACCGGAUUCAAGAGGCAUUAUUCCAUCAGUAUAUUCUGCUGAUACUAUCCGGGCCACCAGUUAUGGAGUCAGCUCAGAUGUUGGGGAGAUCACGCAGUAAUGCAAGUCAAUUUAGUUUGAAUACACGGAAGAAGGGAAAGGAAGACAAGAAAAAGGAGAAAGGGAUUAUUGAUAUCAAUAAACUCCACCAGAUGAAACGAGAAAAAGUCUCUGCUUGGACAAUGAAGAUGCUGGUCGAUGUUGUAUCUAAUUCAGGUUUGACCACUCUGUCUAGCGCGAUUGAUGCAAGUGUUUACGAAGACAAUGAACAGGAGGAUAUGGAGAUCACGAAUGAGGAGGAGGCAAUUGCUGCUGCAUAUCACAUUUUCAGAAAUGUAGCUCAAUCUGAUUGCAAGUACAUUGAUGAAAUGGACGUAAGGAGAUUCAUGAUUAAAGAGGAGGUGGAUCUUGUGUUCCCAAUGAUUGACUUGGCAAACACUGGGCAUAUUGACAAGAAAACUUUGAUAGACUGGGUGGUGAAAGUAUACAAAGAUCGCAAAGCACUAGCACAUGCUCUGAACGAUGCUAAAACAGGUGUUGAAGAGUUGAAUAAACUAGUCUCCGGGAUCCUGAUUGUUAUCUCAAUCAUAAUAUGGCUUCUCUUGACGGGUAUAGCAACAACCAGAGUGAUCGUCUUUCUCUCAUCCCAGCUUGUUGUGGCGGCAUUUAUGUUUGGAAAUACUUGCAAGACCAUAUUUGAAGCUAUUAUAUUUGUAUUUGUGAUGCAUCCUUUUGAUGUUGGCGAUCGUUGUGUAAUUGAUGGUGUUCAGAUGAUUGUUGAAGAGAUGAAUUUAUUGACUACGGUCUUCCUGAAAUUUGAUAACGAGAAAACAUACUAUCCAAAUUCUGUUUUGGCUACCAAGCCCAUCAGCAAUUUCUAUAGAAGCCCGGAUAUGGGUGAUUCGUUUGAGUUCUCCAUUGAUUUCAAAACACCUGUGGAGAAAAUAGGUGCUUUGAAAGAAAAAAUAAAGAAGUAUUUGGAGAAAAAUCCCCAAGAGUGGCAUCCUAAUCACAGUGUAGUCGUGAAGGAGAUUGAAAAUAUGAACAAGAUUAAAAUGGCUCUCUUUUUCAAUCACACGAUGAACUUUCAAGACUUCAGUGAGAAGAACCGACGACGAACUGAGCUGGUCCUCGAGAUGAAGGCAUUAUUUGAAGAGUUGAAUAUCAGAUAUGAUCUUCUUCCCCAAGAAGUUAAUCUUGUUGAGUCGGGAACCAUGAAGACCUGAACCACCAGAUGAUUUUAUCUUCUUGUUCGAAAGCUCAUGUGUUGCAUUUCCAAAUUUACAGACCUGGAACACAACCUUGAGAAAAUAAUUUUGACCAGGAAACUAUUCUUCAUAUCAGGAGAUAUUCCACAUUUACAUCUUGUUUCAGUUCAGGUGCUGCUAACAAAUGGGGAGGGCUUUUUGUAAAGCUUGAAAUAGUGCCUUUAUCCUUUUUUUUAUUUUUUUAAGCACAUUCUAGCUUCUGACUGAAAUUAACAGUUUGCCUGUGUUCGGAUUACCAGGAUAUGCCAUAACCAUUCAGAAGCAAUGCUAACCAGGUUAAUUCUUGACUCGAAGUUACUGCUAGUUAACUUGGAAACCUGUAAAUUGACAUUACAGUGCUGUUGAGUGUAUAAAUAUCUGGUCUUCAUUAAUCUUCAUGUAUUUUAGCUUUUAGUUUUAGUUUUAACUUGAGAUGUACAAGCAACUAUAUUGAGUUAGGUGCCAAAUUUACUUUAAUGAUUUCCUUUA